CUGCCUUCGGUUGAGCAUCUAGUCAUCCACAGACGCACUGUCCUGCACCACCAUGUCCGCCCAUCGAAAUCCCAUCGAAUUCAGAACCCUGAUCCUCGAUCUCGGCGACGUCCUCUUCACAUGGUCUGCGGUGACGACAACGUCUAUCCCGCCCCGCUUGCUCAAGGACAUCCUAAACUCACCCACCUGGUUCGAGUACGAACGCGGACGCAUCUCUCAGGCGGAUUGUUACGCGCGGGUCGGGGGAGAAUUCGGCGUUCCACCAUCCGACGUUGACGAAGCCUUCAGGCAGGCGCGAGAGUCACUGCGGCCGAAUGAGGACCUCCUCGCUCUCGUGCGAGAGCUCAAGGCCCGAUAUGCGGGGCAGCUGCGCGUAUUUGCGCUUUCGAACAUCUCCCUCCCCGAUUACGAAUACGUGAUCAAGCUGCCCACCGACUGGUCCAUCUUCGAUAAAGUCUUCCCGUCCGCGCUCCUCGGGGAACGGAAGCCGGACCUUCAGGCGUACGAGAAGGUGGUGCAGGAGACGGGCAUCGAUCCGUCCACGACCGUGUUUGUGGAUGACAAGGUCGAGAAUGUGGAUGCGGCGAGGAAGCUGGGUAUUCAUGGGAUCGUCUUCGAUAAACAGGAGGGAGUGUUUCAGGCCCUGAGAAAGGUCUUUGGAGACCGUGUGCAGGCUGUUCAGGAGAAGCCAAGGGAAGGAAACUAAGGGUAUAGAGGGUAUGUGUCGUCAAGAGGUGGUAUGAUCAGAUCGGGAUCUGGAACAUAUAGACUUUGUACAGUGCUCGAGGGCGAGAUCAGGAUCUGUCGACGACUUGUGUAUGUGAAUUACGUCGUCGUUGUGAG